AUGUACGCAAAUCGCUCUUCAGGGGGGGGGGGGGAUUUCGGUUGGGUUAAUCGGAAACAGCAAGGGCGUUUUGUCAGGAGUAACGGCAAGGGUGGUCAACGUAAUUUUCAUAUUAAGCAAAGAUGGGUCCCUAUUCGAAAACUCCCUGAUCCCUUGCCUAUUCAGAGGGAAACUGCUUCGACUUCUUUGCUGACCAAGGAGGUUGUGAAUGAUGCUCCUAUUUCGGGUUUGCUUUUAGGAGGAUCCCGUGAUGAUCGUGGUGUUGACUGUUUAAUUGUUUAUCCUUCCCUCUUGAAGUUGUCUCACACGUUAUUUGCUCCUAACGCCUCGCCAUAUAGCAGAGGACUUCAUCACACCAUUAUUAUGAUGACAUCGUCAGGGGGAGCAUACAUUCAUGAUUAGCGGAUUUUUCAAGGAGAAGCUUUCACCAAUCUUCAAUGUUUGUUGCCACUAUUUGUCGUAGAGUCAUCUUUGUUGUGCCUUCGUAGCACUUAAGUGGUCUUUAGACCACGAUUGGUGAUCAUGUGUCCCAUAUCACAUCUCUUCGCU